AUGCGUAAGCUGAACGACAGCUGCGUCAACUAUUUUUUAAAAUACAGCCUUGAGCUACUCGAACGACCUCUGAAUGUCUGGACACUUGUAAGUUUUUGGUAUAAAAGAAAUACUGUGAUAGUAAUAUUAUUACUGUUAUAUAUAAGAUUAAUACUUUAAUAUUUAAAGAUAUUAAUGUAACGUUUAUGAUAAGUACUGUAAUGAUUAAAAUUAAUAUUCUAAUAUUUUAAAUUACUGUAAUAUUUGUACCGAGAUUCAUAAUAUCGUCUAAACAAUAGAAAGAUUAGCAGUUGGAGUAAUAUAUUAUAUAAUUUUCCUUUUAGGCCGUUUCCAAACGCUACGCAGAUGUAGAUCAAUUAAAUGUGCGCAUGUACCUAUGCAUUUUAAACAACCGCUUAAACCUAAAGAUUUAUUCUACGUCGUGUGACGUAAAGGACGGUGAAUUCAGUUUUGCGCAGAAUUUAAUUGGACUUCGACUUUUGUUAGGUUUGAAACGUCCAGAACAUUUGUUCGUGCAUCAUUUAUCUAGCAAUACCAACGUGAAAAGACUUUACCAAGUUGCAUCAAGUAUCAAAAGUAAGUGGUUGUUCAGUCAAAAAAUUUUUAAAGAUUAACAGACAGACCACGUUAAAAAUUUUUUAAAAACUUUUUUAAUUGUUGGAAGAUACUGUCAAAAAUAGUUUUUUAUAGGCUAUGUCAAUGAUCAAGCUGUUUACUUUCAGACGCGUGCAAUCCUAAAAUUAAGAUUGUUUGUGGUACAACAUACAGAUCGUGGGCCCUAGGAUGGGAAGUUUUGGUAGAAUCGUUAAGACAUCUUAUAGUAGCCGUUCUUGUAAACGAUUUCAGAACAAUUCACUUUUUUAAUGAUUGGAAGAUCGAUGAGUUGGAUUGCAGAUUUAUAAAUCAACAAACUAACCAUUGUAAGUGUUCUCCUUAAUUAUAAAGUGUCAUUCACCUUUUCUCUCUCCCCCCUCCCCCCCCCCUCCCAAUAUUUUUCAAUGGAAUUCAUUCUCAGCUACUGUCAAUAUUAUGUUUAAAGAAUUCUUUAAAAUGUGGUAAAAAUUGUGAUAUCUUUAGAUACAGAAGCCUUGUCUGCUAUUCGAAUCAAACAUAUCCUGUGUGAAGGAGAUAUUAUCCUUUCCUUUUUGCGAAAUGGUACCGAACAUGAUACUUUGGAAGAAAAAAUCACAAUUGACGAGCCGUUUCGUUUGGAAGAACUGAAAGAAUUUGCAUUCUACUUUCCUGAUCUGCGCAAACGCUUACCCAAACUAAGAAAAUUCGUUAUUGCAGGUCAGGAUUGGGGUAAGUAAAUAGAAAAGGACCUUACUUUACCUACGCUACCCUACCUUAACUUAAUAUACCCUAUCCUGCCCCACCCAACCCUAAACUACCUUAUCUUUUACUAAACCUUCUGCAACAUAUCUUCUAAGUACUUUACCAUACUAUAAACUUUUUUUAUUAAAAUUGAGAUUUCAGAUUGUGGUAAAAACAAAUAUGACGAGUUGGUGAAAGGAAUGGCACAAAUCGAAUUACUAUCAAACUUGGCUGCUCAAGAUCGUAACGUUUAUUUUAGCUUAGAUAUUAAAUGUUUUCAUGUUGAAAAACAUAUUGAAGACACCGAAGCCGAGCGGAUAAUUGAAACGACGAAACGUAUAAUCAACUUUCCUUUUCAACAAGUAGCAAAGAAGAGGUUUUUAUACGAAGAAACUGUCAAAAAUCUUCAUAUCCGUUUCGAACUGAAUCUUAUAAAUUCUGUCUUUUAUUAG